UCUCUCUCUCUCUCUAGCUGUUCAUCUCCCCCAACCACAACAAACCAACUAGCUUUGCUUUGGUCUGUCCAGGACAAAAGCAUCCUGUUUAAAACUAUUCCCCUUUGUCUUUUUUUUCUUCCAAUUGGUUUUGUCUGAAGAAUAUUUUACCGGAAAAAAAAAAGAAAACUUGGAGAAGAAUGAUUGAAAAGGAAUAAACAAAUUCUAAAGCCUCAAAUUUGGAAUAUUCCCAUUUCAUCUUCCCUUGCUUUAUUUCCUUAUUGAUUUUGCGACCUCUGUUUCAUUUUUUUUUUCUCAAUCUCUCUGUUCCUCGUAACAGUAAAAAGCUUCAUCAAAAGGCUCUUCCUUUCAUCGGAUUUUAAUCCGAUUCUUUUUUUUUUCUUCAAACAAUUGAAUUUGAAUCUAAACUUUGUUGGGUUCUCUUUAGAUUUUCAAUCGUAUUGGAUUUUAGAUCUGUUGCUGUAAUAAUAACAAAUCAGCUGCUCUGUUUUUUUUUAUUAAAGUUUGAAAAUUUGGGAGGGUAGUUUGUGAAUUGUUGUCGUUGCGGCGGUAAUGGAUUUGGAUGAGUUCCGGUCGAUUAUGGACAAGGCUGGUGUCGAUGUUUGGACAUUUAUCGACACAGCGAUCUUAGUUGCUUCUCUUGAUUACGGUCAAGAGCUGAAACAGAGGAGAGAUAACAUUGUGGAGCGUCUCUACGCGACGUCAAUGGCUAACAAGUGUAGAAACUGCGAUUAUGGCGUUGUGGAAGCUGAGGGUGGUAGGGUUAAUGGGAGAGUUCAUGAGGAGACUGAAGAAGGAGAAGAAGAAGAAGAAGAAGAGGUUAAUGGUGAGGAGGAAGAGGAUGAUGAUGAUGAUGUUGAUCCCUUUGCUGGUUUGUUUGAUGAUGAGCAGAAGAGUAUACUUGAAAUCAAGGAGAAGCUUGAAGAACCUGAUCUGACUGAAGAAGCUUUGGUGGAGUUGCUUCAGAAUCUGGAAGAUAUGGAGAUAACAUUCCAAGUUCUUCAGGAAACUGAUAUUGGGAGGCAUGUGAAUCGAGUUCUUAGGAAGCAUCCAUCAAAUGAAGUUCGAAGAUUAGCUAAACAGCUUGUCAAAAAAUGGAAAGAAACAGUAGAUGAAUGGGUCAAAUGCAACCAGUCUGCUGAUCUCCAACCUCCUAAUUUAAUAGCUGAUGAGGACUCACCACAGCAGAGAGCUACCCAUAAUGGUAAUCGCCAACAGGUUCCUGAUUUUGGGUAUUCACCGGUUCCUCAGACUCAGAAUGGGUAUUCAAGUUCAAGACCUGUUACUGAGCCGGAGAGAAGACCAACAAGACCUGUUGCUCCUCCUCCUACUAGGAGAGAAUCUCCUUCUCCUGCUAAACCUUCUCGUCCUUCUCCUUCUCAACAACCCAUUCAGAGGGAGAAGGAGCAUAAAGAGAUUGAUUUUGAUACAGCUCGGAAAAGACUAAAACAAAACUACAGAGAAGCUGAGAAUGCAAAAAAGCAAAGGACUAUACAGGUGAUGGACAUUCAUGAGAUCCCUAAACCUAAGAAAGGUGGAUUUUUUCCAAGAAAAGGCGGCAGUUCUCAAGGAGGUGCUAAACGCUGGUAAAGAUUGAAUGAAGAAGAUGAUGAGAGUUGAGUGAAACGAGGAAGAAGAUAAGAUAAAAAGACAGAACAAAGCUCUGUUUUUUUGAGUCAGGCACAAGAAGAUGACAGUGAAAUCUAAAAAUAUGUUUCAAGAAUUUGGAAUUAAGUUGAUUCACGUUUUGCAGGAAUUUUUUUAAUUCAAUUACUGUCAAUGUACAUUCAGUUUCUAAUAAACGGUCAAUGUAAAGUGAGAAAUGUUAUUUUGCUGAGCUUAUCUUUUAGUUUGAAGUUUGAGAAAAAAACGUGUUUCUUUUUGACUUUAUGCUAUCUAGCCUUUAGACCCAUCGUGAUG